AUGAACGACUCAGAUAUCAUUGCGCGGGUGUAUCCACACGGCACCAACUCCAACAUUCCAUUUGAAGCCAUCACCGCUAGUCUGCUUUGCACUCAUCCACCUCAAGAUUAUGUCGAAAAACCUUAUCACCGAAACGAGAGAGAGAGAACCGAGCUGCCAGAGGAUACAAGAGGCUCUCCACCAUGUGCGGAGAUCAGGUUCAGCAACAUACCAAGGACGAGCCGGGGAAUCCUCAUCGGGUCCCAUUCGGAAUGCGAUAUUGUAGUGCCGCUAAAAGGGGUCAGCUCACGCCAUAUUAGUAUAACGUUUGACGACCAGAAACGCUUAAUUGUUAAAGAUUGGGGAUCUUUGGUGGGCACUCAGGUCACUUACGACAGCCAAGGUGCAGGAACACGAAGCAAGUUCCAAUGGAUCAUCGGUGGAGCAGAAGUUCCCAGGAACACGGCCAACAUCAUCCUCGACUUGCAAAAUGGGAUCUCAUUUCGAAUUGUUGCUUCACGCCAUGAUACCUCUUGCCCUGACUAUAUCGAAAAGGCCGAUCGUUUCUGUUGCGGUACAGCAUCAGCUGAGGAACUUCUCGACGACCUCGACCUUAUAAGUCGCCCGAUGACCAUGGCUCCCACCGGAGCCAACACGCCAGGCACAGACGAUAUAUACCUCAAAAAGAAACUGGGCGAGGGCAACUUUGGCGUGGUAACUCAACUAUGGAACCCUCAUAUUGUCGCAUUACUUGUAGACUCUUUUACCCCCAAGCCGCGGCUCUUUCUCGAGUAUAUGCCAGGUGGUUCUCUGAAUGACCACAUCGGGAUAACCGAGGACGAAACCUUGAUGAUACUCCGCCAGUGCUUGUCGGCUCUGGAGUAUCUCCAUAGCCAGGAUCCCCCGAUAGCUCACCGGGAUAUUAAGCCGGCCAAUAUCCUGGUGAAGUCCCGGAACGAGGCCUUUAUAUAUGUGAAGCUCGGGGACUUUGGCGUGUCGGGAGACGACUCUGAGCUCAUGACGUUGUGCGGGACCGAGAAGUAUAUGGCGCCGGAGAUACAUCAAGAGUGGCAGUUUCGGACUGGCGGAAAGAGGAAGAGGGGAUAUAAUGAGACUGUCGACAUCUGGUCUCUUGGUAUAGUGGCAUACGAGUUGCUGGAUGGCCUCCCACGGUACAGCGCAGCGUAUAGGCAGGACGGCAUGGCGUGGUGCGAAGCAAUUAUCGACAAGCUUCAAGAGGAUGUGCCACUACAUAAGGACAAGCUGCGUCGCUUCCUAUUGGGAUCGAUAUUGGUCAUAUCACCCAUGUCGCGCUUGUCAGCCGGGGACGCGUACAGGGAGGCCAUAAACUUGUCUAGCGAGGGUGACAAGACACCCUUCUCAGGAGGAUCGAGCCUGGGGUCACUUUUCGACUCCACAGAGGAAGAUGAAGGGACCAUCGUUCAAAGGGCACCGGAGGACGACACGACGAGCUUGCUCAAUCCUCCGACGAUGGUCCCGGGCUCAACCAUAACGACGCUCUCGCCCAGGACCCAGGUGCCAGCAGAUGGCCAGGAGCUGGCACACUUCCUGGCCAAUUACUCGUCCGACAUUUUAAACAGCCUCUUUGUCGGCUCGACAGUAGCCGAGCUGGGUGAAAAGGAGGAGGAGACGGGUUUUGUGACGUUGACUGAGUCAUCGUCUGCGGAGUUGGGCGUCGAGGGUGAAACGAGUGAUGAGGCCCUGGCGAAGGACACAGGACAAGAGGAUGUAGGAGAGGAACUAGGGUAG